ACUCUGGUAACCGUUGAACAUUCUUGCAAAUCGCAUAAGCCAAGGAUGAGCAAAACUGAAACACUCCUCAAGUCUCUCCUUCGAAACCCCUCUUCAAUUGCAUCAAAGUCCCAAGCCAGGCAACUCCAUGCCCAGCUCAUUAAAUCCAAACCCACUAGCUUUUCUUUUCUCGCCUCCGUGAUUCUCUCCGUCUACACAAACUUGAAUGUUCAUCAUGAAUCACUCACUCUGUUCGGCACACUCCGCCCGCCGCCCCCUCUGGCUUGGAAGGCUAUGAUCAGAUGUUACACUUCCAAUAGCCUUUUCCUCCAAUCGUUGGCUGCUUUUGUCGAAAUGCGAUCCUCUGGGAUAUACCCAGACCAUAAUGUGUUCCCUUCUGUCCUAAAAUCGUGCGCCCACUUGAGGGACUUGAGGGUUGGCGAAUCUGUUCACGGGUGCGUUGUGCGUCUGGGUGUGGAUUCUGAUUUGUAUACCGGUAAUGCACUCAUGAAUAUGUACUCGAAGUUGCAGAGUUUGGAUGGGAAUCGUGGGUGGGGAUAUAUUGCGGAUGAAGUGCUCGAUAAAAGUUGUGACUCAAGGAAGAGUGAAAAGCAUGGUAGUGGUUUUGUUGGUUCUUACGGGUUGGUUGGGAAUGUCAUGCAUAGUGAGGAUGAGGGGGAUGGCAAAAUUUUAUGCUUGGGUCGGAAUUUAGAAAGAGUAGAAAAUGGUGGUGACAGUUCUUGUGGUAAUUCAUAUGAAUUAAUUGAAAAAAUUGAGAAACAGGUUGAUGGCGGUGAUCGUAGAGGGUGUUCAAAGAAAAUGAGUUAUGUUUUGCACAGCAUUGACAGCAAUAGCACACGGAGAGUGGUUUUGGAUCAUGCACAUGGGAUAAAGCACGUGUGGAAAAAGGGAGAAAAGGGGCCUUUAUGCAUGGAUAGCGUUAGAAAAGUUUUUGAAAUGAUGCCAAAGAGAGAUCUUGUUUCCUGGAAUACAGUGAUAGCAGGAAAUGCACAAAAUGGGAUGUAUGAAGAAGCUCUAGAGAUGGUUAGGGAGAUGGGGAAUGCUGGGGUGCAUCCUGAUUCGUUCACUUUGUCCACUGUCCUCCCUAUCUUUGCAGAGUAUGUGGAUGUUGUGAAAGGAAAGGAAAUUCACGGGUAUGCCAUAAGACAUGGGUUUGAUACUGAUGUCUUUAUUGGAAGUAGCUUGAUUGACAUGUACGGUAACUGUACAAGGGUGGAAGAUUCAUAUCGGGUAUUUAACUUGCUACCUCAACGUGAUAGUGUCACAUGGAAUUCUAUUAUUGCUGGAUGCGUUCAAAAUGGUCUGUUUGACAAAGGCCUAAAGUUAUUUCGGCAGAUGUUUUUGGCCAAGGUUGAACCCGUGCCUGUUUCCUUUUCAAGCAUAAUUCCAGCUUGUGCUCACUUGACCACACUACAUUUGGGGAAGCAACUUCAUGCUUACAUAGUUAGAUGUGGAUUUGACAAUAAUGUGUUUAUAGCCAGCUCACUAAUAGAUAUGUAUGCCAAAUGUGGAAACAUUAAGAUAGCCAGGUGGAUUUUCAAUAGCGUGGAACAUCAUGAUAUGGUGUCAUGGACAGCUAUGAUAAUGGGAUGUGCCUUGCAUGGGCAUGCCCAUGAGGCAAUUUCCUUAUUUAAGAAGAUGAAGAUGGAGGGAGUCAAACCUAACCCUGUGGCAUUUGUGGCUGUUUUGACAGCUUGCAGUCAUGCCAAAUUAGUUGACGAGGCAUGGCAAUAUUUUAACAGUAUGAUACGUGAUUAUGAGAUUGCUCCAAGUUUGGAGCACUAUGCUGCUGUAGCAGACCUUCUUGGUCGAGCUGGAAAAUUAGAGGAAGCCUAUGAGUUCAUCUCUAGCAUGCAUGUUCGACCGACUGGGACUGUUUGGUCAACAUUGUUGGCUGCAUGCAGAAUCCACAAGAAGAUCAAUUUAGCAGAAAAAGUUGCUGAAAAAAUAUUUGCAGUUGAACCUGACAACAUGGGAGCUUAUGUCCUUUUGUCAAACACAUAUUCAGCUGCUGGGAGGUGGAAAGAUGCAGCAAAGUUGAGGAUUUUCAUGAGGGAUAAGGGCAUGAAAAAGAAACCAGCCUGCAGCUGGAUUGAAGUCAAGAAUAAGGUACAUGCUUUUGUGGCAGGAGAUAAAUCCCACCCGUAUUACGACAGGAUAAAUGAGUUGCUAAAAUUUCUUUCGGAGCUAAUGGAAAGGGAAGGUUAUGUUCCGGACACAACUGAGGUUCUUCAUGACACUGAGGAGGAGCAAAAGAAAAUUUUACUGUCUAGCCAUAGUGAGAGACUUGCGAUAGCGUUUGGUAUCAUUAGCACCCCUCCUGGGAUGACAAUCCGUGUGACAAAGAAUCUUCGAGUAUGUGUUGAUUGCCAUAUAGCAACAAAGUUGAUUUCAAAGAUUGUUGGGAGAGAAAUAAUUGUGAGGGAUAACACCCGGUUUCACCAUUUCAAGGAUGGGAAAUGUUCUUGUGGAGAUUAUUGGUGACAUGGAACAUUGAAGCUAUAUCAACGUAUGAAACCUGAAUGUCCUAAAAUUGUGUUAAACAGAAAGGCGAUGUCAGGAGUCUCAUCCCCAGAUUGGCUCAGUGGAGAAUACAUGCGCUAAACGACAUGCUUGAGAUAAAUGGAAAAUGGAUGUCAGUGAGGCCCCUGACACUGCACAGCCCCCAGAUUGAAUGGCCAUGGGGCCAUCAUGCUGUCAAGCAAAUAAUUGAAGCAGCUUUACUCUACAACGUUUCCUGGCCCUAAACAGUUGAAAUCUCUGAUAUAAAUGCUUAAUUUACCUGCUUUGAGCUAAGAGCCAUCAUUCUGCCUCGAUGAUCAUUGGCCCAGGCAUGCAACACAUUGGAGUUUAUGAAAGGGUUGAAACUUGUUGGCGCUUCAAAUUGCUAAUGGAACCAAUUUGUGAAGCCAUUUUGAGUGUCCCGUGCAGAGAGAUUCUGCAGAAGAAAAUCAUACAAAUUAUUCUUGAGAAAUAUACAUUUGGGAAUAGAGAUGCUGUAUAAUUAGACCUAUACCAUGCAUUCCUUAUGGGUGCCGUUCUUUAUUGACUUAACUUUCUAAUUUAUGGGAGAAAUAUUGGUUGGACUCUCCUCCUCCAAUGAUUAGAUACUUCAGAGAGCAGAAAUUCCCUUGCUCGUCUCAUUCCUUUUAAAAAUUUCUGGUCACUAGGAUCAGUUGCAUGUCAGAGUUGUAUAGACCUGAAAAUCUCAUCACCCAACAUAAUUUGGAGGAGACUUGGUCAACUACUCUCCACAAAGCCUGCACAAGUUUUUGAGAAAAUGUAGAUCCUGUAGUGAGCUCAGAAGAUGUUCUCUUCCAUGCCGUGUCUUUAUAUUGCGACAUUUCUUAAUAUAAGUUCACUGUUAGUUGCUACAGUUUUGUUGGUAUAUCCACGUAAGAUUAAGAAUGCAUUUGAAAUUAUCCAAUUGAUUUGCAGUUUCAAGUUUCAAACAGUUAAAGUAUCUCUGUAACAUUGACCCUGUCAUAUGUUGUUUUAUUUAAUUGCUAUUAUCAGCACUCCUA